AUGUUUGUGGAUGAGCGGAUUGUAACACUGUUCAAAAGGAAUGCCCAUCACACACUGACCUACUGGAGUGUUUUCUUCAGCUUUGGACUCUGCAUUGCUUUCCUUGGACCUACAAUUUUGGACUUGCAAUGUCAAACAAACUCAACACUUAGUCAGAUUACCUGGGUAUUCUUUUCUCAGCAGUUUUGCUUGUUGAUUGGCAGCUCAGUUGGUGGUGUUUUCAAGAGGACGUUGUUCAGUGCUCUAGCUGCCUUAUUUGUGUCUGCACUUGUCAUUUCUAUAAUAUUUGCCAUCAUCCCACUGUGCAAUAAUGUUCUCCUGCUUGCCAUUGCCAUGGCUGUGUCUGGAUUGGCGAUGGGCGUUAUUGACACCAUCGCAAACAUCCAACUGGUGACCAUCUAUCAGAAAGACUCAGCUGUUUUCUUACAGGCUCUUCAUUUCUUCAUUGGGUUUGGAGCCCUGGUGAGCCCACUGAUUGCAGAUCCUUUCCUCUCAGAGACGGGCUGUGGGAAUCAUACAGGGAAUGGCACUGAGAUCAUGCAUCAUUUCAGGAACAUGCUGAGAAACAGUCCAAUUGCAGAGCACAACAUAACUCAGAGUGACCUGCCCCACGAGGGAGGGGAAGAGGAGUCCAAUGUGCACUAUGCCUUCUGGAUCAUGGCGCUUAUAAAUCUGCCCGUGCCCAUUGCAGUCCUGUACCUGAUGUAUCGGGAGCAGCUGAUCCCAUGUUGCCCAAGUGGCACUCCUCGUCUUCUGGACAAAGAUGAACUAGCAAUGGAGAACCAGCAGGGGGCCGAGGGCACAGACGUGGAGCAGAAGGAACAUGAAGCUGGAGGUCAUGGGGAUAUCUUUAGCUGCUGUCAGAAUGAUAACCUGCGCGGUCUGCCAUUAUCCUUCUUUAUGAUUCAUAUCCUCGGUGGGAUGGUGCUCUUCAUGACCGAUGGUAUUGUGGGUGCGUAUGCUGGCUUUGUGUACACCUACGGCGUGGCACCUCCUAUGUCAUUGCCUCAUAAAACAGCAGGUUACCUGGCCAGUAUUUUUUGGGCAGCAAUCACUGCUGGACGUCUCUUGUCCAUUCCUCUCUCAUACCGUUUCCAGCCUGUGAGACUGCUCAUGUUCAACAUAGCAGGUGCUAUUGUUACUGUGUUGAUGCUGCUUAUUUUUUACACCAGCAGCAUCUUUCUGUUUGUCGGGACUUGUUUAUGUGGGCUUUUCCUCAGCAGCAUAUUUCCCUGUAUGCUUGCCUAUACUGAAGACAUCCUUGAUUAUCAGGGAUGCGCGACAUCAGUCCUGGUGACAAGUGCAGGGAUGGGGGAGAUGGUAAUGCAGGUUGUGGUUGGCUCAAUUAUCCAGACUGAAGGCAGCUACAGCUUCCUGCUGUGUGGAAUGAUAAUUGCAUGCAUCGGUUUUAUUGUCUUUAUUGGGCUCCUGCUGUUCCAUCGAAUGCACAGAAAUUACCUCACAGGAACAACGAAAAAGUCCGCCAUGGUGGAGGAACCAGCUACAGAGCAGAAUGGAGCUGCCGCAACAGAACAGAAAGAGGAGAACAAGAGCAGCUGAGAGGGACAGCAGCUGUGUUUUGUCCUUGACUGGCCACUGUAGGAGAUGAAGUCUUACAACGAUUUAUCAUCAGAGACUACAGAUGUUUUACCUACCAAAUGAACAUUGUGAAUAUACUUUUAUUGUGCUGAAUUACACGGAAUUUGCAAAGUAAAUAGUGUGCUACUGUUAGAGGUUAUAGUUCACACUGUUGUUUUUCUGUUUUGUAAAUCACAGAGAGUGGUCAUCAAAUUGUGGAUCGGUGUUAUGUUUUAUGUUUCAUCAGCAUUUGAAAUAUAAUACAAGGAUUAUGCUUAGUAAUAAUUACAUGCAGAAUACUUUAAAUACAGGUUUAAUUGUAAUCUUUUAUGUGUUUUAUGUGUUUUUGCAUAUCUUUUGGCAUAUGUACAUGAAUAUAUACA